UUAAACGCACGUCCAAACACCUCAAGAACACUCCAGAUGUUUGCGAAACCCUAACUCGGGGGCGGGGUUUCAUCGACCACAGAUAUUCAUAAUCGACCAGCCAAAUUGGCAACAAAACCAGGCGCCGGCGAAGCUACCUUACAAUUCCACCACUAUUUCACACACAAUCUUGUAUCCCUAAAGUGAAGUCUCAAGAAUUUCUGUUCGGAUUGAUAUAGCCAAUCUUCAUCAUUACCUUUCGUAGCGUCUAUAAACAAGAAAUGAGUCGUUAUGACAGCCGUUCCGGCGACCCUGGUUCUUAUCGGGACCGGAGAAGUGAUUCGGGGUUCAGUGGAGGUUCUGGUCUUGGCGGGUACAAUUCUUCAUCUAGCAAGAAGGACCAUGAGAGUUCGGAGCCUCAGCGGAAGGUGGAUUUGGAUGGUUUAACUCCUUUUGAGAAGAACUUCUAUGUGGAGUCUCCAGCUGUUGCAAAAAUGUCUGAGAGUGAAGUUGAAGAAUACAGGACACGAAGAGAAAUCACUGUUGAAGGUCGCGACGUGCCUAAACCUGUUAAGACUUUUGGUGAUGCAAGAUUUCCAGAUUAUGUCAUGCAAGAAAUUGUGAAAGCAGGCUUCACAGAGCCUACUGCAAUUCAAGCUCAAGGAUGGCCAAUGGCUUUAAAGGGUAGGGAUCUCAUUGGAAUUGCCGAAACAGGAUCUGGAAAGACUCUUGCUUAUUUGUUGCCUGCAAUUGUGCACGUCAACGCUCAGCCAAUCUUAUCUCCUGGAGAUGGACCAAUUGUGUUAGUUUUAGCUCCAACUCGAGAACUUGCUGUUCAAAUACAACAAGAAGCAACUAAAUUUGGCGCAUCUUCAAAGAUUAAGAAUACUUGCAUUUAUGGCGGGGUCCCAAAGGGGCCUCAAGUUCGUGAUUUACAGAAAGGUGUUGAAAUUAUUAUUGCUACACCUGGAAGGUUAAUUGAUAUGUUGGAGUCUCAUCAUACAAACUUGCGAAGGGUCACUUACCUUGUGUUGGAUGAGGCAGAUAGAAUGCUAGACAUGGGUUUUGAACCUCAGAUGAAGAAAAUUGUUUCUCAGAUACGGCCAGAUCGUCAAACCUUGUACUGGAGUGCCACAUGGCCAAAGGAAGUUGAGCUACUUGCAAGACAGUUCCUUUACAACCCAUACAAAGUGGUAAUUGGUUCUCAAGACUUAAAAGCUAACCAUUCUAUUCACCAACACGUGGAUAUUGUUACCGAGAAUCAGAAGUAUAACAAACUGGUCAAACUGCUGGAUGAUAUCAUGGAUGGUAGCCGGAUUCUGAUAUUCAUGGACACUAAAAAGGGGUGUGACCAAAUCACCCGUCAGCUCAGGAUGGAUGGUUGGCCUGCUUUGUCGAUUCAUGGAGAUAAAAGUCAAGCGGAAAGAGAUUGGGUUUUGUCCGAGUUCAAAGCUGGUAAAAGUCCGAUAAUGACAGCCACAGACGUUGCAGCUCGUGGGUUAGAUGUGAAGGACGUCAAAUAUGUGAUCAAUUAUGAUUUCCCUGGUUCAUUGGAAGAUUAUGUUCAUCGGAUUGGUCGAACAGGAAGAGCCGGGGCCAAAGGGACAGCAUACACCUUCUUUACAGCAGCAAAUGCUAGGUUUGCUAAAGAACUUAUUGCCAUCCUUCAGGAGGCAGGCCAGAAGGUGAAUCCUGAUCUAGCUGCAAUGGGCCGUGGUGCACCUCCUCCUCCAUCAGGACAUGGUGGUUUCCGUGAUCGUGGUCGGGGUUACGGCGGUGGUCGAUCAUGGAACGGAUGAGCAAUAACAAUCACCACCAUUGUGAGGCGGCAACAGAGGUGGAUAUGUUAUCGGGCUUUUUCGUUGUAAACAGUGAAUUUGGAGUAGUUUGAACUGGUUAGUAUUGCAGUUGGGAGAUGUUAUGUUUGUGUACUGAAGAUAAGGAGUCAGCAAGUAGAAGUUUCAAUCUUAUGGACCUUGCACCUAUUUUCAGAGUUUAAAUCAAUACCAUCUAUCUAUCUUCUUAAAUGAUAUUAUAAUGAGUGUGUACUCCAUUUGUUUAUGAACAUUGUAAUGUUAUAUAUGAUGAGUACUUGGAGCCAGAGAUGGCCAAAAA